UUGUUUUUGCAGUUUAAGGGGACGGCAACUGGCCUUAGGCCGUCGAGUGCCUAGUCGGGUCUAGCAACUAGUUAACUUGGAGUACGUACGCCGGGUAAUCCAUCCUCCUGGACUUUAUAUUUCCACUCUUUCCUGUGCUGUUUGCCCAUCACUGCUUCUCCUUUCCCCUCUACUUUAUCGGCCACUUAAAUCGUCCCCCGUUUGCCAACCCACGACCAUUCCUAGCGCUUGAAGUUCGAUUGAAAGCAAUCGUUGCUCCUGACGUUCCCAUUGCAAACAACAGUCGACUUCACCUGAUCCCUUAGGCGACGAAGCCCCCAACAUCCCUUGGUCAGGGCCCCUUUCAGCGCUCCCCAAGGUCAGAGAUGUCUACUACCACAGCUGAGAUGGCCACUGCCGGCCACAAGCUCGAGAAGAAGCCCGUCAAGUUCAGCAAUCUGUUGCUCGGUGCAGGAUUGAAUAUGUUCGAGGUCACCACUUUGGGACAGCCGCUGGAAGUGAUCAAGACGACCAUGGCCGCCAAUCGAGGCGACAGUUUCGCCAGCGCUAUGGGUCGGAUAUGGGGUCGUGGCGGGAUCCUCGGUUAUUAUCAAGGUCUCAUUCCGUGGGCCUGGAUUGAGGCCUCCACCAAAGGCGCCGUUCUCCUUUUCGUCGCGUCCGAGGCGGAAUUUGGCGCCAAGGUGCUCGGUGCGCCAGACUUCCUCGCUGGUAUCUCAGGAGGUAUGGCGGGUGGUAUUGCCCAGGCAUAUGCCACUAUGGGUUUCUGUACCUGUAUGAAGACGGUCGAGAUCACCAAGCACAAGAUGGCUGCCCAGGGUGUAAAGCCUCCAAGCACCUUCGCGACUUUCAUGGAUAUCUACCGCAAGGAGGGCAUCCGUGGUAUUAACCGCGGUGUAAAUGCGGUUGCUAUCCGUCAAACUACAAACUGGGGUUCCCGUUUCGGCCUUUCUCGUCUCGCAGAAUCAGCAAUCCGCAAGGUGACCAACAAGGAAGAAGGACAAAAGCUUGGUGCAAUGGAGAAGGUCAUAGCCUCUGGUCUUGGUGGUGGCCUCUCUGCUUGGAACCAGCCUAUUGAAGUCAUUCGUGUCGAGAUGCAGAGUAAGAAGGACGACCCCAACCGGCCUAAGAACUUGACCGUUGGCAAAACCUUCAAGUAUAUCUACGAGACCAAUGGUCUUAAGGGUCUUUACCGUGGAGUUACUCCCCGUAUAGGACUAGGAAUCUGGCAGACCGUCUGCAUGGUGGCUCUUGGUGACAUGGCCAAGGAAGCAGUCGAAAAACUGACGGGCGAUCAAGUUACCGCUAAGCACUAGAGAAGGUUUGAGAUACCCUUCUACUAUGCACGGCCCAGGAGUGAUUGGGUAAUGGAGUCUCGUACUUCCAUCGGAUGGAGUUGCCAUAGAUCACGUGCAUCAAGUAUUGAGUACUUUGAACCCUUGCUACUGAGUCAUAUUUCCGCCUAUAAUAGUACCUAUGAGAUAGUAGUCAGCACAGAUGGUGCUAGUUUUACUUUCCAAGGAUCAUUAAUCCAUUUUAAACUCAUAUAUAUAUGCUGUUUUUUUGUGCUUCCAAGUUGAAGCCAAAAGACC